UGAAGCGUUUCGAAGCAUUAUUGCUUUCUGAUACAAUUGUGCCGAAAAUGGUUCAUUACUCGAAGCUUCAUUCAAACAGAAAAUGCACACCACCAUCUGCUGGUGAAGUAAAUGUAAUGCAACAAAGCUGACAAUGCGAGUAGGCUAAUGUACCCGCCCCAUUUUGGCUGUCAGAGCUUUGACACUGUGUUCAUGUUUCAAACCCUCAAUAAAACAUUGAGCCUGAGAUGUGUUUGUGUGUGAAUAUUUAGCUGUAGGAUACAGCACUCUACAACUUACUAACUGGACAUUUAUGUAUUUAAAAAUGUAUUUAUAAUGUGGCAGAGGGCAACUGGACAGGGCUUGGACAAUGUGAAGGAAGGUAUUCAUUAAAUGUUGUGGUUUUUAUUCAGAAAUAUAAUUUUAUAUUAAUUAUAAUAAAUUUUUAUAUUUUUUAAUUAUUUUAUAAUAUAGCCUAAUAGGCUAUACAUUUGGUGAUGUGGGCGAUUUCUUUCUUUUUUCAACAAAUUCACCAGCUUUGGAGAAUAUUCUCUCGCAUGAAACAGAUGAUGCUGGAGUACACAAAAAUUGUUUAGAAAGCUUUUCUAUGGUUUGGCUUCACUUGCGUGAAAAAUAAAGCCGCCAAGUUUCAAACCUGUCAACGCCGGAAUGGGCUGUCAAAGCAUGUCGUGUGGUUCACUAGAGAAAUGAACCAGUGUGUUUGCUUCAGACGUCGUAUUUCACGUGACUAGUGACGUAACGAUACAAGCUCCGAAACAGUGGUUCAUUGCAAGGACUUUUCGAGUCUGAAGCAAGCAUCGAAGCUUCGGUGUCAAACGUAACAUCACUAAAUCCUGACAGAACGAUCGAGCCAACAUAGAACCCAGCAGACAGCCCUCACCAUGUCCGAUUCGAAGUGGUGGAGCGAGUUAAUUUCUGAGACACUUACUGGCGGCGGGCCGUUUCCUCCUCAGAAGAAGAUUCCCCUCAGAGACUUUGCCGAACACAUGGAAAGGAAUAGGUGUUUUUUACCUGAGAACUUGGCCAACUCCUAUUUUAUUGCUGCUCUGAAUGAUCCACCACCACUGCGAGAGCGGACAGAUCUGACCCGUCUACCCUACUGCACAGGAAAAGUGGGGGAGUAUUUUUUCCAGAGUAAUUUUUUUUUUCCUCCAAAAUAGUUGUUUUUGCUCAAUUUUGAGUGAACAAGGUAAAAUGUGUCAGUAGAGUGGGAGCAAAAUUACAGAGUAACUGUGUAACAGAGUAACUCCUCCUCAAAAUGUUUCCCUCCUAAUUUUUGUUUAUGUAAUGUUAAAAGACAGUUAAAAGAUUAAUGACGGGCCUAGAUAGACUUUUAUUGUAAAAAAAAUUAAUAAACAACAAUAUCAAAAAAAUUUUUUUUAAUUUAAUAACAAAUUGAUAUAAAACUUUUAAGAAAAACGAACACCUAAAAAUAAAAACUUUAUUAAAAAAACCCUAAAGUAACAGAAACCAUCUUUGGGAAAAUUAUCUAAAGUGUAAUUAGAUUUUAAGUUUGGUUCACGUAGCAUUCACUUACGGAGUUUGCGGGCUUUAUGACCUACACUGCAUCCAGCCACUAGAGGGCGAUCGAAAUAUUGGCUUCACUGUGGCUCCCUUGGUAACGGCCAUCGUCGAUCGAUCGAUCACUGCUGCUUGAGGGUUUGGAAGACGAGGUGCCUUUCUGCUUGGCUGGCUGGUAAAGUAAGUGAAUUUUCAAAAUCUUACUAUUACUUUUCAGAAUAUUAGCCUCUGUUUUGAGCUUAUAUCAUUUUGCCACGUUUUUUAAUAUUACAGAGAUAACUUUCUCACGUGAGAACUAACUUGGGCUAUAAUUGAAAACUUAAUUACAGGUUAUAUAAGUUAAUUAAGGUUACACGUAAGUUAUAGAAGUUAUCUCUUAAGCACAUAAUUAACACAUUGAUAACUGACACCGGUAAAACGACCUUUCUUCAAAUGUUUGUCCACUAAGUUAAUAUUUUGGCGGGCGUUUUGAGUUGUACCACAUGUAUUUGACUCUGUAAAGAGUUAAGUUAAGGUUAGUUUGAUGUGCAUUAUCCAUUUUCCGACGAUAACGUGAGCUGUUUCUCAUUAUGCAACGCAUUAUGUUUAACUUUGUGUUUCUGGUUGCUUCAAGAUGCAAACCAACAGCGUUGUUAGAGUAAAGUGAAGUUAAACUUACAUGACGAGCACCUCGAGUAAUGCACCACAUGUCUAUGACUCGGUUAAGAGUGAAGUUAGCGUUUGCCUCAGUUAGGUUUCCGGAUGGCACAUUUUUUAAAUACUAAGAUCGCUUUCUUACAUUAAUUUGACAUGACACAGCACAUUUUCUGCAAUGACGUCAAAUAGGUUUCUCACUAUCUUUUCUGUAAGGUUAGUCCAAGUGCUUUGCAAUAGUCGGUUUGUCUCGUUCAGUAUAGACAGCUUUUAGACACGGUGUUAUAAUGAAAGCAAAUAUAUAUAACAUAAGGAUUACAAACGUCACGAAUGUUAAUUGAUAGUGAAAUCAGAUAGCAAAUGUUUGUGCACCAAUAAUGUGGCGGGCAAUUCGAGUUGCACCACAUGUACCUGACUCGGUAAAGUGUUAACGUUAGCAAUAUUGAUGUGUGCAUUAUCGCUUUGCAGGCGGUAAUGCGAGCUGUUUCUUAUGUAACCUAUGUUAUUUAACUUUGUCUGUAUGGUUUCUUUCAGGAUGCAAACCAACAACGUUGUCAGGGUGAAGUUUAAAGAUAGCAAGAAAUACAUUUUUUCUUCAGAACCAUUAACAUUUCAAACAUUUUUGGAAUGUGUUGCCAAGAAGUUUAAUCUUCCGACCAUUAAUGUUAAAGUCUUUGAUGACUCAAAGACAGAGGUCGAUGAAGAAUCAUUUGAAUAUCUGCUGACACGACCAGACCUUGGUGUCCUGGAAAUUUUCAUUCCAGGAAGCACAACAAGCCUUGAUGAUUAUUUAAGCUCAAACACAUUAGGAGAUACUGAGGGGACGUCAGAAUCUGAUGACACAGCAGUGUUGAUUAGAAAUGCUCCUGCAAAAAAUCAAGCUGAGGAACGUCAUCUAGCCCAAAUGAUCGAAGAUAUCCUAAAGGGCAGCCCUGGAGGCGAUAAGGUCAUAAACGAAUACGCUCACACUAAAAGUCUGUCAGAUGGCCGAAGACGUGACAUGGUGAAAAUCUUGGUAGCACAUUUAACAAAGGAACAUGGAACAAGCCCUUCACGAAGUUUGAAGGAAGAAUAUGCAAAAGGUGUCAUCUCCUUAUUCCCAUGCUUGGCUGACCCAAGGAGCAAGCUUGGUUAUGAGCAUUAUUACAAUGCAGAAGAUGGAAGUGGAUAUUUGGCAUGGAGAAUAAAAACUCUCCAAAAAGAAGCAUCAGAGGGACGGAUGAAACGCCCACGGCAACCACAAACAGGUGGCCCAACUGCUGACAGGCAUCCCUACAAAGAGGACAGCUUUUUGAAUGAUGAGCGUCAGUGUCAGGAAGCAAUUGCCCUGAUGAAGCAUAUAGCUGACGAUGCAGUGGUAAAGGAAAAGAUGAGGUUAACACUGACCUAUCGCCAAAAGCUGCUGCACAACCCUAAAGAGUCAACUAAUAUUCUGUCAAUUUUCCCACGAUUUCGGGAUAUCCCAGGCUUGAUUGAUCAAGAUUUUGGACUUCUAUUUGGUGAUGCGACCUCUGCAAAGUUGUUGGAGAAGUGGUCUACCAACAUAAAACCAAAGGUUAUUGUACAGAGUCGUGGCCUCACACAGACUUGUGAGGUCCAAGACCUCAUCCAAAAUGCUGAAGCCACUGAAGUUGAAGAUGGUUGGGACAGUGACAUGUCUUCAAUUCUGAUGCUGGUUCACCUUUUGCCACUUUCAAGUCAAGGCCGCAAAAGACCAGGAAAGAUCUCAGCUAGACAAGCAUGCGAUCGUCUUGUGAAAUUCAUUAAGGCCGGAACCAGUAUUCAAGGGCACUUGGAUGGCAUUGGAGAGAGCCUUCAGCCAUAUCUACUUGCUGUUGGGCCAAUGAAAAGUAGGAUCCAGUCUUGGUUUAUUGUAAUUGACCAACAUGCUCUACCUUGUAAGGCCUGUAAUUCACUGGCCUGUGUUGAUGAGCUUUUCAAAGCUCACUUCGUAUUUGGGACUUCAUACUGUCAGGAACUUAACAAUGUGUAUACCUUUCUGCAAACCACUGUGUAUGAUAUAGAUGUUGAAACCACCAAGGUGAAUCCCAGAGUGGCUGAGUUGAGAGCUAGAAUGCUCCAGUGAGCAGAUGAUUUGUUUUAUUUGUAAAAGGGGGCAUGUUAGUGCCAAUGCCCUUAUAAGGCACUUUAAGUUGGUUCAUGGUCUUUGUUCAGGAAGAAGACUUAAGUUAAAAUGUGCUCAUAGAGGUUGUUCACGUGUUUACAAUAGUUUUUCUGGAUUAAGAAAACAUCUCAGCAAGUGUUCUGCAACUGACAUGUCAUGCCUUGAUUCUGGUGAAGGCCCAUCCAAUGCCAACUCCAUUUCAGUAGGGGAUAUAGGGGUUUUACCAAACCAAGAUUCACCUUGUGAUUCUGUACUCCUAAAAACAAAUAUAGUAAACAGUUGUGCAACAGUGGUAGCCGAACUUAAAGUUGCUGGUGUCGCAGAGACAACUAUUAACUAUGUUGUUAAUGCUUUAGAAGAAGUGGUUGGAGACAUCCAUAGUGAAACUCAAGAGUCUUUGAAAAACAGCCUAUCUUUACAGGAGCCCAUAAAAAGUGUUGUUGAGUCUCAGAUUGAUCAGUGUUUUGAAAAAAUGCAAAAUCCUUUUGUGUCAUUAAACACUGAGAGCAAGAGAAUGCAGUACUUUUCAGAGAAAUGGGGAAAAAUAGAUCCUGUUGAAUAUGUUCUUGGAACAAGAUUUGCUACACGGCGUAACAGGACAACCGGUACUUUUGCCCAAACUAUUGUUAAGGAUAAAUUUGUAUAUAUACCCAUUCUUGAGACAUUACAGUCCAUUUAUAAGCACCCUAACAUUAAAGAUAUGAUGGUGAGAGAUUCACAACAAAAUCCAAAUUUUCUUUAUGACAUACAGGAUGGCGAAUUCUUUAAGAAUCAUGCGCUCUUUUCAAAACAAAGAGAUGCAGUUCAGAUCCAACUAUUUUUUGAUGAAUUUGAAUGUGCAAAUCCCCUUGGAUCAAAACGAGGAAUACACAAGUUAGGAGCCAUCUAUUUUACCCUUAGAAAUAUUUCCCCCAAAUACAACUCAAGUUUACUAAAUAUCCAUUUACUCGCUUUAUUUCAUGCACAAGAUAUCAAAACAUAUGGGUUUGAUAAAAUACUAGAGCCGCUUGUCCAGGACAUUUCAACACUGGAAACCAAUGGAAUUCAGAUUCCAUUACUUGAUCAUACAGUUUAUGGAACCAUUGUCCAAGUUACUGGUGACAACCUUGGUGUCCACUCCUUAUUUGGUUUUGUGGAAUCCUUUAGUGCUAGGUACUGUUGCCGCUUCUGCCUACUGGAAAAAGAAGACUUUCAGACAGUGUUCAGUGAAGAUAGUCCAAAGAUGUUAAUGCGAACUAAAGAACUUCAUGCUGAACACUGCCAAAGAAUGCAGAACAAUCCCAGUCUACCUUAUGUAAUGGGAGUAAAAAAGUCUUGCCUUUUAAAUUCGUUGCAAUAUUUCCACACCACUGAAAAUUUUUCGGUUGAUAUAAUGCACGAUAUUUUAGAAGGGAUCGCACAAUAUGAGAUGAAAUUACUCAUUCAGCAUCUGAUUGACAAUUACACCACAUCAGCAGAAGUACACCGAAGAAUUCAGAGUUUCAAUUAUGGCUUCAUGGAACAAAACAACAAACCUCCUGGUGUAUAUUUAAGAGAGGGUUCCAAUGACUUGGGCUUAAAUGCCACUCAGAGCUGGUGUUUACUGCGAUAUCUACCCAUCAUCUUUGGGGAUCUUGUUUGUCCUAAUGAUCAGCACUGGUAUUUGUUCAUUUUAUUGCUUCAGAUAGUCAAUAUAGUGUUUUCUUCAAGUAUAUCCUCUGGUAUCACCAUUUAUUUGAAACACCUCAUUGCAGAGCACCAUGGUUUGUUUAAGCAUUUGUUUCCUGAUAAGAACUUGUUGCCAAAGCAUCAUUUUAUCAUCCAUUAUCCCAGUUGUAUGCAGAAAAUUGGACCACUACUACACUGUUGGUGCAUGCGUUAUGAAGCAAAGCAUAAUGUUUUUAAAAAACAGCUUAAAAGCUUCAAAAACAUAACCCUAACAUUAGCAAAGAAACACCAGUGCCAAAUGGCUUACAUUUGGCAAACAUUUGAUCCAAAUGAGAUGAAAUUAGGUCCUGGAAAAAUGGUUCCCUUAAAUGAAAUGGAAGUUGGCACUGAGAUGGCUGAGAAAUUAAAUGUCCCUAUGUGGACUAAGGUCCUAAAUGUGAAAUGGGUCAAACGCUGUGGAGUAACUUAUCGGGCAGGGUUAGCGGUUUGUGUUAAAGUUCAAAAUGACAUGCCUGCAUUUCAUGUGAUCCAAAAUGUUUUUAUCAAAGAUGAGCACAUCCUGUUAAUGACAACUGCAUUAAAAACUUUGUGUUUAGUUGAACAUAUUAAUGCUUACAGAGUUUCACAUACCACAGAAGCACCUUAUGUUCUGGAAACUAAGGAUAUUUUGCACUACAAGUUGUUUGACAUUCUAAUGUCUUAUGGUUGUGAUUCUGAUUUGUUUAUUGUACCAUAUUGUUUCAUGUAAUUUUUUUAUAUCCUCUGUUUUAUUAUUAUAUUAUAUAAGUAUUGUUGUCAUAAAUUCUAAUGAUGCUGUUUUAAA